CCCAUCUAGUCUAAUUCUAGUAUCAAUCAACCUAAGCCAGCUAACUUAAGUACCGUAUCCUUUCUACGAUCUGAAAAUAUUUCUUCGGCAUGUUUAGAUUCCUAUUUAUGUUAUUUUUGCUGGCUAUAGACGCCCAGAUUGAUAGUGAGGAUAAUGAAGUGGUGCCAAGGUGUAAAUGCGUGCCCCUGAACUUGUGCAUGGAUAAUAAUGCUGCUAUUAGCGGAGAUGGGAUGCUGGAUGUUAGAGUUGCAAGAUGUCCGAACUACAACGACGUUUGCUGCCAAAAGCCUAUAGAGGAGUCAACUUCUGCCCCGAAUACAGAAUGCGGCUACAAAAAGCAUAAACAAGUUGCCCCAAGGAUACUUUCCAGUUCCGAUCCUCCACAAUAUGGCGAGCUUCCGUGGGUGGUAGUGUUAUUUCUGUGGAGUAGCGAAGACGGCAGCAAUAGAUACAAGUGCGGAGGCACUUUGAUACAUCCUAGUGCCGUGAUCACAGCCGCUCAUUGUGUUGAUGACGAAGAUACGCGUACGGCACUGUUAAUGGUACGAGCUGGCGAUUGGAACGUAAAACCUGGAGAAGAGCAGCAGAACCUCCUGAUAUCUGAGAUCAUCAUACAUCCCGCCUAUGCCAGAAGGUCCCUUUGGAAUGACAUCGCGUUGAUUAUUUUGAUGGAGCCCGCAAGGAUGACUGAAAACGUAGGACUAAUUUGCCUUCCACCACCGGAUCUACAAAUGGAAGACGUCAUGUGCGUUGCAGGAGGCUAUGGAAAAUCUUCGAAGAGCGGGUUGCAUUCACAUGUGUUGCGAAAGGUUGAUCUUCCUCUGGUACCACGAGAACAAUGCGAAGCCCUCCUGCGCAAAACUCGCCUGGGCCGUUUCUUCGAACUUCACGAGAGCUUCAUCUGCGCCGGCGGCGAACAUGGAGAGGACGCCUGCGCAGGAGAUGGCGGCAACGCCUUGGCCUGUCCCAUACCUGGCGCGGAGGAUAGAAUGCUCCAAAUGGGGAUCGUCUCAUGGGGCAUUGGAUGCGGCAAAGAUGGAGUGCCUGGAGUUUAUGGAAAUGUGCCGUUUUUCAGUCAAUGGAUUGACGACCAGCUGACCCAGAGGCGACUCGACACUUCUGUUUAUCAAUAUUAGAAGGACCUAAUCGCCUUUGACGAUUUACGAUUUAUUUGACAUGCGAUAGGCAAGGCAAAUGAAAGGAGAAUGACUGGCCAUACCUACGGUCUACCAUAAUAUUUCGACUCCGUAAAAUGUUUCGGGCUGUUACAUUGGUGUAUUCCCAUUUGCAAUAUCUAUAUAGUCUGUAUCUCCCUGUACAUAUUCGUUUCUUCUCGACUAACAAUGAUUUUGUUUGUAGAAAAUAUUAUAUCUUAUUGUUAGUGUAAGUUUUAUUUUACGUGUAACUUUUUAUGACAAUAUCGAAAGAGUUGUAUCUUCUUGAAUUUCUUAUGCCUAAGAAUAAGAACCUAAAUGACCGCUUAUUGUUUUAUU